AUGACGGUUGUGGACCUUGAGGUGUUAGUAAGAGUCAUUAAAUGUAGUAACGAAGCGACACUCACAAUAAUUGAAAAGGAGGAAGACGAGUUAGAUAGAUACUGCCAGUACUGUCCUCUCGUCCACUCCACCACCACCACCACUAAGCUCUCCGCUUUCUUCGGGGAAUCAUCCUUCUCCAACACACUCCCUUCCAAAUAUAACACACUCCCCUUCACUUGUACUCCUCCUCCUCCUCCUACUACUAUUUCAGUUAUGGUGAGAAAGAGAUUAGCUUCCGAGAUGUCUUCCUUAAACAACAACCAACGUCCUUCUCCUCCUCGCCGUGUUAUGCCUUCUCUCCCACCACCACCACCACCACCACCUAUCGACGCAACUACUCAGCCACCUACAGUCUGGGUGGACACCAUCAUCAGAGACUUAAUCAACUCCUCAACUUCCAUCUCCAUCCCUCAGCUUCUCCAACACGUCAGAGACAUCAUCUUCCCUUGCAACCCUAACCUCAGCGCUCUCCUCGAGUACAGACUCCGUUCUCUCAUUCUUCAAGAAAGGGAGAUCUCUCCACUGCCUGAGACAGUAACCACCACCGCAGAGACAUUACUAGAGAGAAAACAAGAGACCAAGAGACAGAACCAAGACGAGGAAGGUUUACAUCUUCUCACACUGCUCCUACAAUGCGCUGAAGCUGUCUCGGCUGACAACCUCCAAGAAGCAAACAAACUCCUCCUCGAGAUCUCUCACCUCUCGACUCCAUACGGAACAUCCCCGCAAAGAGUCGCCGCUUACUUCUCCGAAGCAAUCUCAGCUCGCUUACUCAACUCCUGUCUCGGUAUCUACGCCGCGUUGCCUUCACCGCAGACUCACAGCUCGAAGAUGGUCUCCGCGUUCCAGGUGUUUAACAGGAUAAGCCCUUUGGUGAAGUUCUCGCACUUUACAGCUAACCAAGCGAUUCAAGAAGCGUUUGAGAGAGAGGACAGUGUCCACAUCAUCGAUUUGGACAUCAUGCAGGGACUUCAGUGGCCUGGUUUGUUUCACAUACUUGCUUCUAGACCAGGUGGACCUCCUCGCGUGCGUCUCACGGGACUUGGUACCUCCUUGGAAGCUCUUCAGGCUACUGGGAAACGUCUUUCGGAUUUUGCUGAUAAGCUCUGCUUGCCUUUUGAGUUCUGUCCUUUAGCUGAGAAAGUUGGUAACUUGGAUGCUGAGAGACUCAAUGUGAGGAAAAGAGAAGCUGUUGCUGUUCACUGGCUUCAACAUUCUCUUUAUGAUGUUACUGGCUCUGAUACACACACUCUCUGCUUACUCCAAAGAUUAGCUCCUAAAGUGGUGACAGUAGUGGAACAAGACCUCAGCCAUGCUGGUUCUUUCUUAGGAAGAUUUGUGGAGGCAAUACAUUACUACUCGGCGCUGUUUGAUUCUUUAGGAGCUAGCUACGGAGAAGAGAGUGAAGAGAGGUAUGUGGUGGAGCAGCAGCUACUGUCUAAAGAGAUAAGGAAUGUUUUAGCUGUUGGAGGACCGUCGAGGAGGAGCGGUGAGUUGAAGUUUGAGAGCUGGAGGGAGAAGAUUCAGCAAUGCGGUUUCAAAGGGAUAUCAUUGGCUGGGAAUGCAGCUACGCAAGCGAAGCUUUUGCUGGGAAUGUUUCCAUCAGAUGGGUAUACAUUGGUUGAUGAUAAUGGUACGCUUAAGCUUGGAUGGAAAGAUUUGUCUAUACUCACUGCUUCAGCUUGGACUCCUUGUUGUUCUUAGGUUUCUUAGGUUUCUCUCCUUUUGUAGACACAAACAAUGGCUAUAAAUAGAGCUUUACCAGUUUUUGUCUGUAUUGAGAAGAGAGUAUAUGAUAUGGUUGAUGAUAAUGGUUUUUUUUUUUAA